AUGUUCGCCUGGAUCCUCCGCGGCUGCCGCGACGAGUGCUCCGCCUCCGACCAGCUCAAGCAGGCUCGUGAUGUCUUCAAGGCGAAAGAGGUGGUCUUGCAAAAGAAGAUUUCUCAGGAGAUGGAACGGGCCAAGGAGUUUACAAAGUCGGGAAACAAACAGGCAGCAAUGCAGUGCUUAAAGAGGAAAAGGUACUAUGAGAGUCAAAUGAACCAGGUUGGAAGCGUUCAGUUACGUAUCAAUACCAAGGAGAAAAUGAUCGCUGAUCACAUGGGCAACAAAUAA